AUGGCCACAAAUGAGGACUGUGCAUCGGUGCUGGAGCAAUUCAUUCACGAUGCGGCCAAUCUACCCGCCGAGAUCACCCACAUGAUGGAAGAGAUUCAGGCCAAGGACAAAGACUUGCAGAAACACUUGUCCGUCAUCAACCAGAAGGACGCCAACAUACAAAAGCAUCUCAGGACCAACGGAGUACUCGCUCCGCACCCAAAGGAGAACGAGUAUGUCGAGCUUGUGAAGAGAAACUACGAGCUAUGCCUCGGACUUCAAGACCAGAAAGUCGCACUGAGUGACAAGGCCUGCAGUCUCUUGGAGCGGCAGGUCAAGAGACUAGACAUGAAGAUUCGGGAACUGCAGAAUGAUGGGCAACUCCUCGACGGCCCGCCCCUGCCCAGUGUUUUCAACCGCAAGGCUGAGACGCAGAAGCCCUUCAUCGACUUACCCACCAGUCUACCUCUACAAAACGCGUCUAUCAGUGCACUCAAUGCAAAUGCACACAAGAUCAACGCACACAUCUCUGCGACCAUGCAACAAGCACAAGCGAGGCAGCUGCCACAGAUUACAACGAACCACGCACCCGCUCAACGGAGCUCCGCGCCAGCAACACCUGCUUCGGCCGUCCAGCAGCAGCGGCAACGAGAGCGCGAACAUUCUCUGGGUGCUGAGAACAAGCGGCGAAAGUUGGGAGGUCCAGUUCCAGGCACAACCCUGCCGGCCCAGCCGUCAGGUCUCCGGCAAUCCUCACUUGGCCCAGGCACCCCAAAAGCGGGCACUCCUACGGGCACAGGUACAAGCCGUGCUGGCAGCAUACCUCGAUCUACAGGAGCACAGCUAUCGGCGGCGCCUCCCAAGAAGUCAGGCCUCUCAAAGAAAGUCAUCUCACAUCAGCAGGUCAAUAAGCUCAAGCAAAAAGGCUCGAUUAAGGGAAGACUAUCCGUCGGGCGCAAAAAAGGUCAAUCGCCCUCAGUACGGGGUGGACGUGGCGGGACGGCGGCCUCGGAAGAUGCAGACUCCGUGUUGUCAUCCGCAGAUGCCUCUGAAACCGAUGCCUCACAAUCGAGAGGACGGCGCGGCAACAAGAAGCACCAACAAGCGACGUCGGAGGAACCUGACGCCGAUGUGGGCGAAGAUGAAGAAGUGGACGAUGAGGAGGGAGAAGACGACAAACGCUACUGCUUCUGCAACCAGCGCAGUUAUGGGGAAAUGGUGGCGUGUGAGAAUGAUGACUGCCCUUACCAAUGGUUCCACACGGGAUGCUUGAACAUGAAGAAAGUGCCCGAUGAGGACGAAGACUGGUACUGCCCGACGUGCAGGGAGAAGCCAGAAAUCAUUGAAAGGGUCAAGAUGAAGAAGAAAGCUGGCAGGAAAUAG